CCGGCCUGGCCCGGCCAUGGCGGCGGCUGAGGCGGGGACUGAGGCGGGAGGCGCCAACGGGACCCCGAUGGCGCCGCUGCCUCCUUCGAGGCCCCGGGCCGGCAGCGCGCAGACUCCGGGUGGCUUCAGGAGAUUGGACAAGGCAGCGACGGUGGAGAAAAGGGGACCGUACAUCAUGGCCCGGCCCCCUUCCAUCCACACCAAGCUACAGAAGCACCGGGACCUGGCAAAGGCUGCCCUGCGAAGGAAAGGAAUAUUGGGAGGUGCUUCUCCAUACAAUCCAAAAUCUUCAGGAAAAAGGUUUCCCUGCUUUGUGAAAAGGGCUGAACUCUCCAGGUCAGUGAAGUUUAACAAGGGCUAUGUCCCUCUCAGCCAGACUGCAGAUGAAAACCUGGUGUCUCUCGAUUCAGACAGUGACGGGGAGCUGGAAUCCAGGAACUCCUCCGGUUACUCCUCUGCUGAGCAGGUGAACCAGGAUCUGAGCCGGCAGCUGCUCCAGGACGGAUACCACCUAGAUGAGAUCCCAGAUGACGAGGAUCUGGACCUAAUUCCCCCGAAGCCCAUGGCUACUGCCUCCUGCCCCUGCUGUGGCUGCUUUGGAGAGUCCUUCUCCUGCUCCAUCCAGUAGGCGUAGCUGGGUAGGGUGGGGACAACCCAGGAUGGGGAAGGUCAGCCUCUGGGCAGGGCCGGAGAAGCCCUGGCUGUCUUCUUCCCUAACCUGUUUUGGAUCUCUCGGUGGGGCGGCUAUUAAUACCAGUCUCAUCAGGAGCCAGAGAACCCAUAGAGGCCAGUCAGAGUGCUGCAAGGAAAUGGCUUCAUGAGGCCAGGAGCUUCCAGAGGGCCAGAGCAGAGCUGGGAGCCCUUGCACCGUGGGUGCACACGGCUUAUCCCUUCACUACUGCACCAGAGGUGCGGAGGCCCUUCCGUGGUUCAACAGGUUUAGGGAGCUGGAAGGACAUGAACUAGAAACCCUUUCAGUAGACACUAAAAAUAGUCCACGUUUCAUUUAAGUGUCAUUAACCAGCUGCUCGGUUGCGCAGGGUGUUGGGGAACAGGGGAUCUGGGGGGCAGUGGUUAGAGCACCUGGGCAAACGCCUUUGGGGAUCCCAUUUCAAUGGAAGCUUCUCUGUGCUUCCUUCCCACUUGGAAUCUUGGGGUUGCGACUGUGGUCUGCAGCAGAGUCGUGCAUUCUCCCAUAGCUGGGCUCUGCCCCAUCCUCCAUCCUCAGGUUUGACAGGGAUGUUAAAGCAGAAUGUUUCGGAGAACACUCUCUUCCUCGCUCUGACAUUUCCUUGACUCCCAAAGAGUUUGAGGUUGUUUCAGAUCCAUUAGCUCUGGCAUUUGCCUGUGGAAAUAAUAUGCUUAAUGGUUGUGACUAGAGUUCUGUUGCCAGUGCCUUUCAGGACUGACAAAUUCAUGCUGUGACUUCAAUCCCCGGAACACCUAAAUUGCUGCUGGCCUCCCAUUUCCACCUAAGAGGCUGGCUUCCGGGAGUCAGCCUGGCCCUUUCCCCUGCGGGCUUCCUGGAGACAACCUCAUGCCGAAUCCUGGGAUUUUUGAUUGAUUGAUUGAUUGAUUGUUUCACCUGGUCACUUUUCUUAGCCUGGUUCUUGCCUUCCUUCCUCAGUUUCCUUUCUAGGGUGGCAGAUAGCACGCGGGGUGAUCAGCAGGCAGGGAGUUCAGUGGGAUGCCUUAGGGAACCCUCGAUCCCGUGCUCUAAAAUUGGUCAUUCCUUUUCCUCUACUCAGAGGUAGUAUCAUAUUCAUCGUCAUUAAUGGUAUUUAUUGCAUGCUUUCUAUGUGCAGAGCUCUACAGUGAGCUCUUGGGUGAGUACAGUGCAACAGAGUUGGAAGACAAGUAGUAAAAUAGUGUUUAUUAAGUGCUUUCUGUGUACAGGGCAUGCAGUUGGGCCUUCCGAUCUAUGAAUAUUGGUGGGGGAAAUCCUGGAAGGACAUUGGUUAUGCUGCUCUGUGGGCUUUGGCCUAACCCUAGUAAAUGGACCCUGACCCAGGGAGGGUCAUCCCAUCUUAGGCGGCCCUGAGCUCUGCCUCUGGCCGUCGGAGCAGCUCUCAGGCCAGAGCUCCAUCCGGGGGACCCUGUACGAGAGACCGGUGGCCAGGUUUGGGAGACCCGAAUUGACCCAACCCGAGCCCCACAGGCCCUGAAAAAGUCUGGUUCUCAUCUCCUUGCAUCCCGGUUCUUUUGAGAGACAGGCCGGGGCAACUGGACUUCAGUUUUGGACGUCGUGGCUGCCCUAUUGGCCCAGCCUGGGGUUGGCUCAGGCAGCGGCAGCCAUCGCAGGGAGGUAACAGAUCUAUCUGUCCUCUGCUUAGUGGAGAUAACAAUUCAGGUCCCUUUACCUUUCAUGUCUCUCCCGAGCCCCCUGCUUUCUCUUGCUGCUUAGCCCCAAAUGAGGGGGACAGGGGGCUGUCCAAGCCAGUCUGAAUCCCCAACUAAGCUCAAUUCUAUGCCGGCCCACUCCAGCUCCCAGGCUUGGGUUCCUCGGGACAGAGUGGACCCAAACCAGAGUGGCUGUAAACUCUGCCAGUUGUCCCUUGCCGAGCGAGACAGCACUUUAGAAAACCCAGCUGUGGUUUACCCUCUCUGAUUCUCCCGGAAGGGCCUGAUCUCUCCCUGUGGUUUUGCCAGCCAGUUAGUUGGUAGCUCAUAUGGGGUCCGGAACAGGGCAGCAUGUGGGAAGGCCAGUGCCCCCCGAAAAAGGAGAGCCUGGGCAUGCACUGCAGGCUAAGAACCUAGCAGGGCCCUUUGGUUGAGAAUUUACACCCAAGACAGCACAAAUCGUGAUAACCCCUGGGGCUCCCUUCAGUUCCGUGAUCCUGCCCAUUUCUUGGAAGUCCACUCAUUGACUCUGCUACGCAGAUAGUCCCUUUAGCACCUGCCAGUUUCCUGGCACUCCCACCUGAGAUGGCGGUCAGAUAGCAGAAGUCAAAGUCCGUUUCUUCUGAAGGCAGCUGCGACUUGACGUACUGCUCCAAGGCCAGAGCUCUGCCAGGGGUCUGCCAGAGAAGUUUAUCAGAUUCCGGGAUGAGGAGGAGGGGCUGGGAAAGAGAGGGCCAUGGAGACCGGGGAGGGACAGCUGGCAGCAAAUAUGCCUGUAGGUGUAUACCCAUCUCUGGCCCCAGUUCUUUUAAGAUUCUAUUUCUCCGGUCAGAGUUUCCCCGGUUCUCAGGCAGAAAAGAAGCCGAGAAAGCACUGGUGUCUGCUAGGUGGCUCUGGGGAGUGGACUGCCCAGCUGGGUUGGACCCAGAAUUUGGGGGAUUGGUCUUGACACUACUGUAACACCCAAAGGAACUCCAUUCAGGUUCUUCUCGGGGACUCGGUGACUUGGAAAAAGCCGAGCGACACCCCGGCUCCAGCUUUGAGCGAAGGACGGGAAACUUGAUUUUCCCUGUGGAUCUUGGCCAGAGCCCCUCCGGAGGGGAGCCUGUUCGUAGCUCUGUCACCGUGGUCUGGGCAGAAGGGCUCCCUGUUUUUGGUUUCCAUGGAGAGCUGGGAAAGGGGCCAGGGAAAGGAGGGCCACAACUGGCUGUCUUGAGACUCGUUUGCUCCCUUAUGCCGGAGAUGAGGGGAGUAGGAAAGGAGGAGUGAAUAAUGGGAGAGGAGGGGAAGUUUCAAAACGGAUGCAAGCAGAGGCACGUACUGAAGGAUUCCACUACUAAAGAAAGCUACCCGGUGUAAGAGGCUGGCCAGCCAGCCAGCCAGGGCCCUGCUUAAACUUAACCCUGGGAGUCAGGCUCGAAAUGGCGGCAUCCACCUGGCCCAGGUUGUAUUUGAAACUGGACAUUGGUGCACCCUCCUGCAACUAAGUCAUCAGGGUGGUAUUCAUUGAGCGCUUACUAGGUGCCAAGCACUGAACUACUGAGUACUGGGGCAGAGACAGAAUCAUCAGGUCAGACACAGUCCGUGGAGAACCGAUUUCAUGAACAAAGCCAAGAAGAACCCAGUAGUUGUAGGAAACUGUAGGCAGUGUCCAGGGCGGGGUGGACUUCGAGAAGACAAGGGAGGGUAAGCACUUAUUGUGCACUGGGGCCAGCGGGAUGCUAGCAACCUGGAGCUAGUGAAACCAAGGAGGUGUCCACUAGCCGCCAUAGCUCAGUAUGUCAGCAGAUCGCUGGGACCUGCGAGUCACCGGUAACACAGCUGCCUUAAGUCACACUGCCUCUGGGGCUCUGCAGAUGACAAUCAGCACACAGAGAAAUGGAGCUAUUUAUCUCAAUUAUAUAUGACACAUAUAUAUGUAGACACAUGUCUGUGAAUGGGGUUUGUGAGUACUGUAUAUAUUGAGACGUGUAUGGCUUGAGUUUUCUAUCCCUGGCAGAGUUUAUAAUAUAUUAUCAAUAAAUUUUCUAGUGCUGCA